AUGAAACAACGCCUAUGUAUUUUGUGUCUUCUUGUCGUUAUUAUAUUAACAAUCGUGAUACCACUUGCUGUUUACUUUAAAUAUCAUUCUAAAAAACAAGAAGUUGUACCAAUUAGUAUAUUAGAUACAACUAUUAUUGCUGUCAUUACAAUUUCAAAUAGUGAUGAUGAUAAUAAUAAUCAUCAAUUAACAAAUGGUUUUACUUCAAAACCUGGUUCAACAAAUCAAUUAAACAACCCAGCAACAAGUACAUCAUACUCAGUAAAAGACUCGAUGUCUAGUAUAUCGACAUAUACAUUGGUAGCUGACUCAACAAAAAAUAUUCCAAAUACCGUACAAUCUACUUUUCAAACAACAUAUAUAGAUAUUACAGGACAAAAGAUAACAACAUCUGGCAAUGCUCAAACAUCACUAUUCAUGACAAGCACAAUGAAAUCUAAUCUUUAUACAACGUUGGCGAGCAGUACAAAGCAAGAAUUGAGAACAACUGAUAUAACUCAACUAACAAUGACAAACAAACAAGAUGGAAUAACAAGUGACACAACAACUGCAUCUUCCACAUCACUUACAGACUGGAAGUCACUAGUGGAUGAAAUGACUACUACAGACAAUUCUAAGUUAUUAUCUACAAUUUUGAUGAGAAGUACUCUUCAAACUUCAUUGAGCGAUGUGACAGCUGAGACUUUCGAUUCCUCACUGCCUAUAGUAACUACGAGUAAUCCUCAAUUCUUAUCGACAAAAAUGACUGUUCCUACUUUCCAAUCUCCAUUAGUAACCGUGACAAUAAAUCUCCCAACAUAUCUAUUAGAAACAGUAGCACUGUCUAGCCCCGAAUCAUUAUCGACAACUAUAAAAUUAGACAUAUCUGAGUCAGCUUCGAAAAUGACGACAAUAACUAGUUCUCAGUUUCCUUUAGCAUCUUCAAUAAGAGAUAGUUCCUCAUUGUCAUCGAUGCCUACGGCAACAAGUACUUCUCAGUUCAUAUCAGAAUCUUUGAGAAUAGAUAAGUCAGUCUUACCAUUAACGAUAAUGAUGGCAAGUAGUUCUCAGUUAACAUCACAACCAUCGACAAUAAAUAGUUUAGUAUUGACACCGAUACCUAUCACAACAGGUAAUUCUCAAUUCACGUCAAAAUCUUCAACAAUAGAUAGCUCAGUAAUAUCAUCGACAUCUAUGACAACGAUUAGUGCUGAACUAACACCCGAAUCUUUAAGAACAGACAGUUCUGUAUCAGCAUCAAUAUCUUUGAUGACAGACAGUACUCAAAUGACGUCGGAGUCGUCGGCAACAUAUAGUUCAUUAUUAUCAUCGAUAGUUAUGACAACAAGUAGUAAUCAGUUCACCUCAGAAUCUUCGAUAAUAGAUAGUUCAGGAAUGCCAUCGACACCUACGGCAAUCAUCAGUAGUUCGUUAACACCCGAAUCUUUCAUAGUAGACAGUUCCGUAUCAACAUCAGUAUCUGUGAUCAUAGACAGUACCCAGCUGACUUCAGAAUCUUCGACAACAGAUAGCUCAACAAUGGCAUCGACACCUACGACAACAAUUAGUGCUGAGUUAACACCAGAAUCUUUAACAACAGAUAGUUCCGUGUCAGCAUCAAUAUCUUUUAUAACAAGCAGUACUCAGCCAGGGCCGGAAUCUUCGACCGUAGAUAGUUCAAUAGUAUCAUCGAUAAUUAAGACAACAAGUAGUUAUAAGUUAGCGUCAGAAUCAUCCACAAUAGGUAGUUCUGGAUUAUUAUCGACACCUACAACAAUAAGUAGUUAUCAGUUCAUAUCAGAAUCUCUGACAAUAGAUAGUUCAACAUUAUCAUCAGCAGAUAUGAGAAAAGAUAGUUCUCAGUUUACCUCAGAAUCUUCAACAAUAGUCAAUUCAGUAUCACCAUUAAUGUCAAUGCGAGGAAGUAGUUCUCAAUUUACAUCAGGAUCCUGGAGAAGACUCAGUUCGAUGGUAGCCUCGACACCGAUGGCAAUGAGUAGCUCUCAAUCAACAUCAGAAUCUUUGACAACAGAGAGUUCAGUAUCACCAUCUAUAUCUAUCGCGACACAGAGUUCUCAGUUCAUGCAAGAAUUUUCAACAACAGUUAGUUCAAUGGUAAAAUCAGAAUCAUCAACAAUAGAUAGUUUAGGAGGGUCAGCGUUAGCUAUGACAACAAGCAGUUCUCAGUUAACGUCAGAAUCUUCGACAGCAGUUAGCGCAGCAUUAUCAUCAAGACUUAUGGAAACGAGUAGUUCUCAGCUCACAUUAGAAUCGUUGACAACUGAUAUUUCAGUUUUGUCAUCGACACAUUUGGUAGCGAGUACUUCUCAGUUUUCAUCAGCAUCUUUGAUAACAGAUAGUUCGGUAGUGUUAUCAACAUCGACAACAGAAAGUGAUCUUCAAUACUCGUCGGUAACUAUAGCUACACAGAAUACUAAGCCAUCAGGAACAACUAUGAUAUCAAGUAAUAACGAUGUAUUAUCCCAAACUAUGACAACAGGGAAUUCUGAAUAUGCAUCAACAACAGUGACAACUGAUCAAUCUGAAUCGUUAUCAACGACAAUGGUUUCGACUACAGUUCAAACAACACCUGCAGCUGUUACAAUAGGCGUAACAACAACAACAGUAACAACAGAUAUGUCAACAACAAUGGGAAUAGCCAGCACGCAAGUUACAAAUAUUCCAUCAUCCGUGAAAAUCACUAGCACAAUGAUGAAUAACAACAUUCAAACAUCGACUUCUACUCAAUUAGUCUUUUGGAACAUAGAUAUACCGCUUAACACUGGACGAGCUAAGUUUGGAAGUGCAUUAUUAGCAAAUGGACAAGUUCUUGUAGCUGGAGGUUAUGUUAAUUCCACUACAGUAACUCCCCGGACUGAAGUUUAUACAUCAACCGGAUGGCACCCUGUAACUUCGAUGAAAUUUGCACGUGCUACUCACACUGUUACUGCUUUUGCAAAUAAUACUAAAGUAUUAGUUGCUGGUGGUGACACUACAGCCGGUGUACAAACUGCCGAAGUAUAUAACAUUGUAAACAAUACAUGGACCUUAACAGCAAACAAUAUGUCAAGUACUCGUGACUCACACACAGCUACACUACUUACUAAUGGACAAAUACUCAUUACAGGUGGAUGGAGUCUUUCACAUAUAAGUGUAUCUGCAGCUGAACUUUAUAUUCCAUCAUCAAACUCAUUUAUUAACACAACUAAUAUGAAUAUAGCACGAGCUUAUUUUACAAGUACACUUCUUAGUGAUGGAUCAACUGUACUUGUCACGGGUGGUGUUAAUACUAGUAGUUAUCCCAUGUCAACAGCAGAACUUUAUAUUAAUGGCUCUUGGAUUCUCUUGCCUAGUGGUAUGACUCAAAUUCGAGGUUUUCAUGCUGCUGUAUUAUUAAAUGAUGGAACUGUAUUAAUUGUCGGUGGAGGUACCGGUGGAGCAACUGCAUAUUCAACUGCUGAGAUUUAUAAUGCAACAUCACGAAAGUUUACAGCUGUUGGAUCAAUGCAAUAUCGUCGAGGAGCAUUAACACUUACACUUCUACCAUCAGGUAAAGUAUUAGCAACUGGUGGUGCUGAUUGGACAUCCGGUACAUAUCCGCUCGUAUGUGAAUUGUAUGAUCCUGUAACAAGAACUUGGUCAAAUACAACUAUGUUAAAUCAUGGAAGAAAUUAUCAUCAAAGUGUUUUAUUAAAUAAUUUUGUAUUAACUACUGGUGGUUAUGAUGGAAACAAUAAUAGAGUUACCAUUUCUGAAAAAUACAAUUUGUGA